AUGGGUCUGUAUGUGCAGAGUGCUAUUUUCCUCUCUGGGUAUCAGACAUCAGGCUACAGGUAUGACCAGGAUUUGAUUGUGAAUCUCCAGGUAACAAGUCCCAUUGGUGGCGAGCCUCUUCAUGACUCUCAGAUACCAAACUCCAAUUUUGACACAACUUCUUGUGGGACUAAGAGAACAACAUCUAGUGAAGAAGACAACCUGGCUUGGCAUCCAGAGACAAGUCUCAGUUCUGAAGAGACAGUCCUGGAUCAGAUGAGGACCUCUGUGGAUCAGAAUGUGUACCCAAGUCAUAAUGGAACACUCAAAAUAGAAGAAAGCCUAGAACCUCAAGUGACUUCACUUAGUAACCAAGCCCCCUAUGUAGGAGAAUCUUCAGAUACUUCAAAUUCCCCUUUGAUUCAAAUACAGCCUCAGGAAAUCUCUUCAGCUUCUGGUUUGGACCAGGGACAGCAUCCAGAGAUAAAGUUAGACCUCAAGACCCAGAGCCCUGUGUCCUUGAAGAACCCUCAUAACUCAAAGUGAUACUGCUGUACCUACCAGGGUUGUAAGAAAUCUUACAAAAAGUCUCAGCACCUCAAGGACCACAUGAAGAAACACACUGGGGUGAAGCCUUAUAUGUGCAAUAAGCCUGGACGCGAUUGGAAAUUCUUCCGUUUAGUAGAUCUCAACAGACACAAACAAAAGCAUAGUGGGGAGAGGCCCUACCCCUGUCCCAUGUGCAACAAAAACUAUUCCAGAUUUUAUUACCUUAAGGAGCAUCUGAGGAGCCAUAUUCAAGCAUCACCUACCACUGCAACCUAAUUGUUCACAAACAAUAUCUUCCCUAAAGAAGCUUUAUUGUUUCCUACCUUUUAGCAUCAGAAGGGGUUUACAGAUAAACCUCUGAAUCCAGUAUCCCUAGGGGACAAGGA